GAUUAACAUGUACAUAGGUAGUUUCUACGUGUCGAAAGAGUGAACAACCAAACACGGUGCGGGUCGAGUGUUUUUCAGGAAAAUUCGACUCGAUUCCUCCAACAGUUAACGUGAUUGCUGUACAUAAUGCGCCAGGGGUGAUGGAGACAGUGGGCAAACAAGUCCAGGUAGUGAGCGGACUGGGGGUGGGGGGUCCAGUAGGGCCCGUGGGCCCUGUGGGGGCAGAUCUGCAUCACCAUCAUCACCCCCACCCCCACGGGGGCCACGGCCACGGUCACUCGUUGGUCGGCUCAGCGGCGACCUCUGCGGCCCGGGGUCAGGCCCAAUCGCACCAGAGUCAGGUCCCACCACCCUCCCACAAUCAGCAUCUACCUGCCAGGUCUACCCCCAUUCAACUUCACAGGCCGACACAAAACUACAUCAACAUCAAGAGUAGCAGUCCAGCGUCGCCUAGGACAGUCGCCGGCAGCGGUACUUACGUGCAGUGUUCUAACGCCGGACCGAGCAGUACCGGUCCCGGAUUGGUGAGCAGUUCUGGUGGAACCGGAAGUGUCGUCGCCGUGACCGGAUCCGUCGCGAGCACCGGGAUCGCGGGUGGAACAGCAGCCGUGGCGGUUUCGGCGGUUGCAGCCACCACGGUCGGAGGCUUUGUCGCUGUCCCGGUACCCACUGGGCUUCGAUAUGUCCAUCCUUACCUGCCUCCACCGCUGCCCGCCCCAUCCGCACCCGUUAAUCUUAAUCAAACACCACCUCCCCAGGGUGCGGCGGCCGCCGCCUACACCAGAGACGUCUACAGAAACACCAACUCCAAUGUGAACGAACGAGUGGCGAUUAGCGUGAGCAGUAGUCCCGUGGGCUCUCAGGUGGGCGGUCUUGGUGGUCUUGGAGUUGGUGCAGCUGGCGAAUAUGUGGUGACAAAUCGGGGGGAGAGGCCGAGGAUAUCCAUGCUCUCUACACCUGGUGCAGCGGUGGUGGCAGCGGCCUCAACGGCCUCGCCAACGGCCCCCGAAUACCCAGUGGCAGCCGCUAGAAAUCCUCGGGGUAUGAUGCCCAUUCAGACGGCCGAUCAGUACUGCAAUCGAGGAAGUUCCGUCGAGAUGUCAUCCAUGUCCGAUGCACCUCCCUUCAAGAAAAUCCGACUCGGACAAUCCUCGCAGUCACAGUCCCAACCCCAGUCCCAGACCCAGUGUCAGAACCUCUUGUCCGCCGAUAUCAUCGUCAAACAGGAGCACGUUCAGCAACUCCAGCAACCGCUCAGGAUAGACACCAGGCCAACGCAAGGAGCGUAUACGCCUCAGACGGAAGCAAUUUCGCCGACCCCCGAGCCAAAUACGCAAGAGGAUGCUCAGUUUAAAAGCACGAAGGAUGAACUCCUUCAGCAAAUAGCUAAAGUUGACCGCGAGAUUGCGAAGAGGGAGUCGCAGAUCAGCAAGCUUCGGAAAAAGCUGAUAGAACUCGAGGAAGCGGCGAGUAAACCCCUAGAGGCCGGACUCAAGCGACCUGUCGAGGAACAAUCGCACCAACCAAAACAUCAGUCACCUGCGCAAAAAAUUUAUGCGGAUAAUAGGAAAAAAGCGGAAGAGGCGCACCGGGUGUUGGACCGACUCGGGCCGAAGGUGGACCUGCCGCUGUACAAUCAGCCCUCGGACACAGUCGUCUAUCAGGAGAAUCGUGAGAAGCACCAGACGAGUGUGCGGCCGAAGCUGAUCUUGCGGCUGCGCAAGGAGCACGCGGAACGAGCCAAUCAGCAUCGGAAGCAGUCGCAGACCUACGCCGUCCUCGUCCAGGACUGGCAUCGCAAAGUCGAGAGGGCCGAGUCGACCCAAAAGCGGAAAACGAAGGAGGCGAAGAACCGCGAUUUCUUCGAGAAGGUAUUUCCCGAGUUGCGAAAGCAGAGAGAGGAUAAAGAACGCUUCAACCGGGUCGGCGCUCGCAUCAAGAGCGAGGCUGACCUCGAAGAAAUCAUGGAUGGCCUUCAGGAGCAGGAGGAGGAAAUGUCGACAGAGUUAAAAAAUGCAAUUAGAGCCCGUCAGAUGGAGGACAAGAAGAUGAGAUCCUACGCUGUAAUUCCACCUUUACUUUUGGACGUGAAGCAGAGAAGAAUCGCCUUCCAGAAUCGGAAUGGUUUACUCCAACCGGACGAGCUAGAUUCGGUUCAUAAUGAGAGGAAAUUGAUCAACGUCUGGAGCUCGAUGGAGCACGAAUUGUUCAAAGAAAAGUACCUUUCACAUCCCAAAAAUUUCGGGGCGAUCGGCCAGUCCUUCGAACACAAAUCUGUACCAGAUUGUGUGCAUCAUUACUACCUCACUAAAAAAGCAGAAAACUACAAACAACUUCUACGAAAGUCGAGACGCACUCGUAGUUCUAGAAACAAUCCUAACAAUAAGGUAAAUAAUAGUAACUCGACGAUCGGGCCGAUCGACAUUCUCUCGACGGGUGUGACGACGAGGCUGCAACGCGAACAGCAGCAGAAGACACAGGAGAACCCUCAGAGUAAUUUGUCGGCGACGGUGACGGCGACGACAGUCACAACGACAACGACGACGAUGACGUCGUCAAGCGCGGCGACGACUACAACUUUGGCGUCAAGCACGACGACGAGCGCCUCCGCUGCCUCGAUAUUAACGACAAGUUCCUCGAGUACGGCCACCAGCAGCUCGAGUUCCUUGACGGAGUCGACGAGUUCCUCCUCGACGACGACCUCGACGACAACGACGUCGCCGUCUUGUUUGGCCAGCACCACGAGCACAACUUCCUCGACUGUCGUUAGUUUGAUGUCCGCUGUCAGUGCGAAGGACGCGAGGGAGGCAAACAAAGAAAAUAAGGAGAACAAGGAUGUCAAGGAUGUCAAGGAUGUCAAAGAUGCCAACAAGGAUGUCAGUGUGAAAAUUGAGAUCAAGGAAGAGCCCCAGAGUAGUUUGGAAACUACGACAAGACUAGAGGGAAAGAAUGCCCUUUCGAUAUCAACAAAUACCACCAGUUCGAGUUCAACGACAAUUUCAACGACCGAGUGCAAGGAAAAGAAGAAAAGUGUAAGUGCAACCGGAAGUGGAGCAAGCAGUGGCAGAACGAAAGACAAGAAGAAGGACAAUCACGCAGUUUCGGUGGAAACAAGUGACGAGGAAGCUCAACCCAUGGAUACCCUUGAAGGUGGUACGAGACAGUUGGGAGCUCACAGCUGCGCGAUUUGUCAGAGCACUGUUGAAGGUGGAAAUCAAAGUCGACCACUUUCGAGAAGUCAGGCUUCUCAAUAUGGAUUAAAGGAAGAACAGGUCGCACCUGGUGCUCGUGUUUGCAACACCUGCAGGUGCAAGGCUGUGCGAGGACGUUACAUCACGUGUCCUCUUCCUGGCUGUCCAAAUCUGAACAAUGCCAAUACCAAGAACAGAGUGAAAAGACUCCGGGCGCUGCCUGUCAAGUGGCUCGAACUCCCACCCGAAAUUCGGGAACCCGUCAUCAAAGAAUUUCAGAUACCUAACAAUGCAACCAAGUGCUGUUCGACCUGUUUCAAUCGGAUAUCGCGACGCCUGGCGCCUCAUUUGUCCGGUGGAGCCGACGCUUCCGAGGAGGGUAACGAUUCCGCGAUCGGACAGUGGACCGAGGAGGAACUCGAGCAACUCAGAAGGGCGCUUCGCGAGCAUGGGACAAAUUGGCCCAAGGUCUCGGAACAAAUUCCGGAAAAGACGAACCAUCAGUGCAAAAGCUACUAUUUUACCUAUCGAAGAAAGCACGCUCUCGACCAGGUGGUCGCUGAGUAUUAUCAGUCUCUCGGCGAAGAGCGUAGGCCUUGUCUCACCGACGAAGAGGAAAGUGGCAGCAGCACUAGUAGUUGCGACGAAAUUGCUCAGGUUCACGAUUCGAGUGAUACGGCGAGUGCAGGAAGUCCGGCAAACACGAUCUCAAGCACGACUCCAGCAGCGACAGCUUCCUCAACAACUGCCGGUCUGACAGUUUCCUUUUCUCAAGCGACAGAUCAAAAAGGCGGCGAGAAAGUCUCGGCGGAUAUCUCGGUUGUUUCUCUGGGACCCACCUCGACUAUGACCACUCAACCUUUGCCAUCGAGCGCACCUCCGAGUAGCAAUCGGGAAGAUUACGACAGUUCUGCCACGGAGACGGCGGACGAAGGUCAGGGAGGUGCCGACGUGGACAACAGUGUCGUGUUAACCGUGACAACCACCAGCAGUUCAAAUACUUCGGGAGUAGCUCAGCAUCAGCAGUCCCAGCAACAGCAGCCAAGACAACAGCAACAACAAUCUCAGCAGCAGCAGCAACAACAACAACAACAACCUCCGCCCAGUCAUUCUCCCUCGACGACGAGCAACACGAAUCCGCUCACUGUCAAGGAUCUGAUGUUGGGCGUAAUCGAAAUGCAACUCAAGAGAAACCCGAAUAGUCCCGCGAAUACUGGCAGCUCCUCCGUUCCCAUCAGUUCCGGCACACCCACCAUUUCCAGUAUCCUGAACACGGACCACCGGAACGACAUCACCUUUGUCCGGGAGUACAAACACUCGGCGAAUAUUCCCCAGGCGACGCCGAAUCGGGAAUCAAGUCUGGCCACUCUCUCGGUCGUUUCUAGUCCUCAUCACGGGCACAGAUCCGUGCCCAGUCCUCAGCAAAUCGGUCAAAUGCAAGCGACCAUCACCCCCUGUCCGCCCUCAGCACCCAGCCAAGGCCCACCCUCCUCGGAUCUACUGCCGAAGGAGGGCCUGGUCGUGAUGCAGGUUCAACAGGCGCUGCGCGAAACCGAGGGAACUCUGGAUCUCAGCAUCAAGAAGCCUCGCCAGGACUACAGUAACUCACUCCAGCCGCCUCACAAACCCGUGGGUCCUCUCUAUCGACCCGAGCCGCCACCCGGCGCCUACUAUCAUCCUCACUCGCACUCGGAACAGGGCCGCGGUGCAAAAAGUCCCCUCUACGUCUCCUCGCCGCGACCUCAGGCGCCUCUCACUCCGAAAAUGCUGCCCAAGGUUGCAGCACCGCCUCAUCCGAAGCUCUCGCCGAAACUCAGCACGAUGGGCAGCGCACACAAGGGCGGAUCAAUCACUCAUGGAACGCCAGUCUCGGGCGCGAGGUACGAGGGUCUUCUGCGAAUGACACCGCCGGGCAGUGUCAGUGUCUCGAAUCCGAGUCAAGGUGGUCCCAAGGAGACGGGAUCCAUUACCCAGGGCACGCCAGUGCAUCCCUUCGUCGUGGACAAGCGAGCGCCCAUGUACGACUAUCAUCGCUCGAUCCGACACUCGCCCGUCUCGACGGGCAACGUCGUCCCCCAGGGACAGAAUCCUGGCGUCGUGGUGACGCCGAGCAAUCAAUACAACUCCUAUCCAGCGAGACCGCCGCCGAGCUACACGAUAGAGCAGCAGCUGUCGUCGCGACAAAUUAUCAUGAAUGACUACAUCACGAGUCAGCAGAUGCACGCGCGCGGACGGGGAACAACGAGCACGUCGGCGGAGGCGCCGGUCAAGAAUGAGCCGCCCUCGACUCUCUAUUAUGCGGGGACUCCACCGCCGCCGCAGACGCACACUCAGCCGCGACAGGGAGUCAUACAGAGGCACAAUACUCAGAAGCCGAUUCUCUAUCAGCCCUCGGGGGCGCUUGAUGCUUUCGCGAGUCUGGUGGAUGUGGCGGCCCAGCAGCCGAGUUUGCCGGUGCCGCAUCCCCAUGUGCAUCCGGCGACGAGCUCGAGUGGCCACGAGGGCUUGGGCAAGACUAUGGCCGACAGACUUAUGGCGGAUCGUUAUGUGGAUAAUAAUCGGGCCUUCCGGGAGCAAGAGAUGAGAAUCCAGGAACAGCAUCAUCGGUUGGCGGCUAUACAGCAGGAACACAGAAUGGCGGCUGCGCAUCAUCAACAGCAGAGGGAUCGGGAGAGGGAAAGAGACCUGGCUCAUUUGCGCGAGAAGGAAGAACAAAGAGCGCAACGCGAGAAGGAAAUGCAACACGAACAUCGUAUGGCUAUCCAGCAGCAGCAGCAACAACAGCAGCAGCAACAACAACAGCAGCAGCAUCAGCAGCAGCAGCACCAUCUCCAACGAGAGAAAGAGAUGCAACAAGAGCACAGACUUGCCCAGCACGUUCAGCAGAGAGAAAAAGAGAUGCAGCAUGUCGAGCAUCGUCUCUCUGUCCAACAACAGCAACAGCAGCGGGAGAAAGAAAUCCAGCACAGUGAUCACCGAUUUUCAGUGCAUCAGCAGCGCGAAAAGGAGAUGCAUCAAAUGGCAGCUGCUCAGCGGGAGAAGGAACACCAGGAGCAUCGGAUGGCUGUUCAGCAGCGCGAGAAGGAGAUCCAACAGCAGCAGCAGCAGCAGGAGCACAGACUCGCGGUUCAGCAGCAGCGCGAGAAGGAAAUGCAGCAGCAGCAUGCCGAGCAUCGGAUUGCCGAGCAUCGAAUUGCGGCUCAGCAGCACCGGGAUCGGGAACUCGCUCAUCUGCAUCAGCAGCAGCAGCUGCAGCAGCAGAUGCAGCAUCAGCAGAGAUUCGAGGCCGAGAGACGUCACAUUGUGCAUGCAAUCUACAGGGAUCAGCACCAGCAGCAUCUGGAGAGGGAGCCUUCCCGGGUGAUGGGAUCCGGAUUUCCUCAGUCCUCGAGACAUCAGCAACCGCAGCAGCAGCAGCAGCAGCAGCAGCAACAACAACAGCAGCAGCAGCAGCAGCAGCAACCUUCAUCGAGGCAAAAUCAGCAGCAGACUGGAAGCCAACAGUCUGGCGAUGGUUCGUCUACUCUCACUGCCGCAAGUCUCAUCGAUGCCAUCAUCACGCAUCAGAUCAAUCAGAGUACUAAUGAUAAUUCGGCUGGUACUCCAUCCUCGAAUAAUCAACCUACGAGGCCCGGUGAUCGUCUCUUUCAGGGAUUUCAGAGAGACAGUCCCGCAGAGCCAAACGGUGUAGCUCACAGUCCUGCCAGUGAUAACAAUCCUGUAAAUAGCGGACCUGGAGGAGGAAGUGGAGGGGUCAGUGGAAACAAAGGUGUCACUCUUGGAGAACAUAUUGAUCACAUUGUCACGAAAGAUUACGGACCUCCACUUUCGUCUUAUCGACCCUACACAGGAUACCAGGUUGCCGAAGACCAAUGGAAGAGGCGAAAAGGAUUGGAAUCCGACUCUGUCAAAUCGGAGGAUGAGCGUCAAAUAAUUCGUGUCGCUCAGCAGCAGCAGCAGCAACAACAGCAAUCCUCCCAAUCCGCUCAAUCCGUCGGGAAGCAAUUCCACUCGGUGGAGCCAGUUUCGCCCCCCGAGACAACCACGAAUCACUACUCCCGACGCUUCUAUGAAACUGCCACUGCCACAACGACUUCCGGGACGCCUUCCAACAAGCACAGCCUCUCGCCGCUUGAUUAUGUGAAAAAUAAAAUCGUCGAGGUGAUGCGAACCUCUGAGGACGACAAGGGUGGCGGUGGCGAGCGCAACGGUGGCGGCUGCGGCGGCCUUCCCCCCGACAAGGACGACAAACCCGGUGUCGAGAGUAGUCCCGCUGGCGGCGAGAUCGUCAUCGACGAGAGCCCAAACCCUCCGGCAAAUCAGCAGCAGCAGCAGCAGCAGCAGCCACCCCCAGUUCCCGCGCCCACGACCUUUUAUCCCUUCAGUGCCCUGGGCGUUCAUACUGGGCCGCCCCCGGCGCCACCGCCCCCUUCUGCAAGCGCAUCCUUGCCGAAGCCAGAGCAGAUGCAACCUGAACCCGCGCCCCUACUCUCCGCGCAGUACGAGCCCCUCUCCGACGAGGACUGAUGAUGCAACGUACCUGCGCCAUCCAACUCUUCCUCCAAAGAGUCCUGAACUACUCGGCGCCAAGCCGAUUUCGGGCUUUUAUUUCGAUACUGAGAUGUUAAAAGAACAAUCUCUCGCGCGCGGAGUCUACGUCUCGAACGAUCAGUCUGGCCCGUGGUUUUCACUUUACCCGUCGUUGGUCGUUCUAAAAUAACCCGUUCUUGGUCGUCUAAACUAACCAAAUUUUCGUUUAAACAAACUAUUCUGGCGUUUGUCGUCUAAACUAACGACUCGGCUUCUUGAGUCGUAUUCUUACAUCUCUGACCUUGCAAUGUUUUGAGUUCUUUGAAUAGCCAAGUUCCACGAAGUUCAGGUAUUCUCCGAAUGUCGUGAAUUUUCCGAACAUCACGAAUUAUCUGAAUUUCUUGGAAUUUCUUUGAAUAUCGCGAAUUUGCUGAAUUUAUUGAAUUCUAUGAAUUUUUAAAUAUUUUUGAAUGCCACGAAUUGUCUGGAUUAUUUCAUUUCUUUUUGAAUAUCCCGAGUUCUCUGAAUUCCCUUGAACAUCACGAAUUCUCUGAAUUUCCUUCUUACAUUAUUUAUCACGAAUUCUCUGAUUUUCUUUUAAUGUCGCGAAUUCCCGAAAUUUCUUUAACUAUAACGAAUUUUUGGAAUUUAUGGAAUUCUAUACAUUUCUUCGUUUUCUUUGUAUAUCACGAAUUCUCGGAGUUUCUCAAAUUUGUUUAAAUAUCAAGAAUUUCCGGAAUUUAAUUAAUUCUCUGAAUUUCUUUGAACAUCAUAAAUUUUCUGACUUUAUGAAAUUCUUUGAAUAUAUUAAAUUCUAUGAAUUUUAUCAAUUCUUUG